CGGAGGCAGCUCGCGGCGAGGGCGGGGGAGGCGGCGCCGCGGGGAGGCCGGGCUGAGGGCCGGGGCGCCCGGCUUCCGUGCGCACCCCAGCCGGCGGCGGCCCCGGGGCACCUGCGCGCUCCCCCCGGGCUCCGGGCUCUGCGGAGCCGCCGAGCGGCCUGCGGGAUGGGGACCGCACAGCCAGGCCCGAGCCGUCGGGGACAGCCAGCCGCGGCCCGCCCCGCGCCCUGGGGGCCGGCCUCCGCCCCCCGCACACCCCCGCCGCCCCCCGUCAAUCAGCGGAGGACGCGCGGCCCGCGGAGCGCUCGCAGGGCUGGGACGCGGGAGGCGUGCGCUCCCGGUCCCGGCCCGGACCCCGUCGGCCGCCCGAGGGCUGGGGUGCGGGGACCCGAAGACGAGCGCCAGCUUUCUGUGCGCGGUGGCGAGGUGACAUCAGCGCACGGGCCAGGCGGAAGCAAGAUUGAACUGUCGGUUAUUACUGUUGGUUAACGUCCUAAAACCACAGACAUUCCAACUAUGCUGCCCAGAAUUUGGGGGAAGAGACCUCUGUGUAUUUUUUAAACUAACCAGUAAAAAAGUCUACCGAAGAAACGAAAGUUGAGAACUUUAGGAAAGUAUUCAGCCCACAGGACUUUUACUUAAUUACUUCCACUUCAUUGUGUUAUAACUGUCUUGUAUAAACUGUACAUAUUUAAAACAUACCAUUGCUAAAUCGUAAGGCAUAUAUGCUCCUGGGAAGAUGGUACCAGCUGAGAACGCUCUUUUUCCCAGGAUCGUGCCCCAGAGACAAGAAGACUGUAGCCAGCAGACAUGAGUACUGAGCAAUCAACAAAGCUCUUUUAAUCAGUGAGAAGAGAAAACGGCUGCUGCUCAGGAGGGGCUCCAAAGGAGGGCUGUGGGAUCUGGGGUUUAUACUGCCUCCCGGGAGGAGGAAGUCCCACCCUCCCCCAGACUUCUCCAACUUCGAUCUUUUAAAAAUUUUUGUCAUUUUUCAAUUAUUUUCAUUUGCAUGUUUAUUUAGAAUCAGCUUGACAAAUCUGCAUUAAAAAAUCUCACUGAAAUUUUGAUUGGGAUUGAAUUGAUUCUAUGGACUAGUUAGAUAAGAGUUGCCAUAUUAUCAAAAUUAAUCCUCUGAUCCAUGAACAUUAUGUAUCUUUCCAUUUAUUCGGGUCUUCUCUAAUUUAUAUCAGCAAUGAUUCACCAGCUCUAGCCUUACAAAAUGUGUUUCUUAAAUAUUAAAACUUAAAAGUGAAAAUGCCUCCUUGAUCUAUGGGCUGUAGAUGUACGUUGAGUGGCAGGCAUGAAAACAACAUUCAUGCUCCAUCUCCAUCAGAACUCUUGGGUGGCCAGGUGCUUUGCCAAUGAACAGUAUUAUUUGGAGAAGAAUCUUAUUUUCUGAGCAGCAGGUCUCAACAGUGGGCUCAAAAUACUCAA